UGAUUGUGUGUGUGGAUGGAUGGAUAGUAGGCUUCCACCGGGCUGUGCCGCCGCUGCGAGAGGAGCGCACACACACUCUGAAGGAUAGUGUGUGAGCCAGUCAGUCAGUCAGUCAGUCAGUCGGUGUGCGUGUGUAAGCCAUGUUGGAUGUGAAUGAACGGGAGGAGAGAUGCCGCUUCAGCGCCGCUCCUAACGCUCAGACCUGCGGCUCCACGGACCACAGCGGGUAGAUGCCAACUCUCCAGGCCGACAGAGAGACGGGGGAGCCUGGGGGACGGUGUCGGGCGGUGCCGGCGGUCCUGGAAGUGGUCACCUAGCCGGAACGAGAGGAGAGAGAGAGAGAGAGAGAGCGAGAGACAGACAGAGAGAGUGGAAGGCGCACUCGAGAGGGAGAAAGGUAGAAAGAGGGAGAAAGGAGGGGAGAGGCAGCGAAAGGAAGAGACUAAAUGGCUGCACCGCUACCGGGCUUCACCCCGCUCCUGCUCUCUUCUCUGGCACUCCACCUGCUUCUCCUCGGCCCUUUGUUCGCCCUCACCCCGGGGACGGUGAAUACAGGAGGGGCUUCCCACGGAUUUACCCCGGGCCUCUGCGACCGAGACGCCGGUAAAGUGAGCCAGCAACAGCAGCGGCGGCGUGCAGGAGCAGGGGAGUCGCCGGGGGGCAGCUGGAAUCCCUCCCCGAGCAGGUGGACCGUAGAGCGGAUACAGACUGGAAGAUGCUCCGGAGUGCGGCUCUCAGGAGAGACGCCGGGUGGAUUUCAACGGGACGGGGUUAGAUGGGCGCGGAUAGUAAGACUGAGAGGAGCCGGGACGUUUUGGAGGAGUGCAGAUGGCCCUCCGGCUCCAUCACCACCACCACCGCCCCCUCCUCCUCCUCCUCCUCCUCUCCUCCACCCCGGGUCCGAUGGCGUCGGCGCAGGAGAGGGAGUGGAGAGUGGAAGGAUGGAGAGGAAGGGCGUUGUUUCACUUCCAGCAUCACCUGUUUUCACCCCCUCGCCGGCUCAAAACGGAAAGAAGAGGGCAGUACAAAGGACUAGAGCGCGCACGAGGCGCUGGCCGGCGUCGCGGCCACACCUCGAGAAACGUGGUGUCUCCGGAGCCUUUGUGCACGCCUCUGGCCUGCGCGGGGCACCCGGAAGUGAAGGGAGGAGAGAGGGAGAGGUGAGAGAGAGGGCUCGUGAGGUGAGGAGCACCCCGACAUCCAGGCUGGGCUCCGGUGAUCAUGCCUCCUCACCUGGCCCCGGCCCCAGCGGCUCCUCCCGGCGCACCCCUCCAGCAGCAGUCAGCUUCCAGGGGCCGCAGCGGAGACGGGAGCCCGGGCGGUGCGGACAGGGGGGCUGGUAA